CGACUGCACAAACCAAAACUCCUACAUUCAGCGUCUCUGCCUCGCAGAUUCGACACUCAACACUUCUUCUCAUACUCUCCAAACCUCCGAUAGCUAAUACCAGCUUGCAACCUCUCGACAAAAAAAAUGGAGAGACCCACCAAGCGCGCCCGAUUCGCAUUACCAGUUCAACCCGAGGAAGACGGCGGAGAAGAAAUCGACCUCCACGAAGCACGGGCGCAGAACGACCAACGCCUGAAGUCCAUCUUCGAGGGCAUUUUCGAGAAAUACGGCCGGGACUUUACGGACGUGGGCGAUGAGAUUGAUCUACAGACGGGCAAAAUCAUUGUGAAUAAUGGGCAUAUCCAAGAACUAGAGGCGGGGGAGGAGGAAGAAGCCGAAAAUGAUGACACCCGUUUCGCAACGACAAAACCAGAUUGGCGGCGACUCGAGCAGGAGCGGUCUGUCGCGUCGGAGGAAGGAAUCCUACCUCAAAACCCUGGUCAUUUGUCGGGUGAGGAGGAGGCCGCGGGAUUGGGUAAUUAUGAGGCUCCAGAUGAUGAUCGCUCACGGCCUGUAUCUCCCGUGCUGCCGUCGAUCCAGGAACCGCAGGCUGGGUUGCGGAUUCAGCACCACCCGGCGCCUGGGGAUGAAGAUGCCGGCAAACGUGACUCGAACCUACCUAGUCAUGAGGAUGACGACGACGAUGGGGCUAGUGUGGACUCCUUGCUGGAUAACACGCUACGCAUCGAGAGCAUCCUGGAUCAAUCCACCACCACCACCACCACCACCAAACUCGUGAGCGAAAAAGCAAAACCUGCGGCUGAAGCAACCGUCCAAUCACACGGCAACAGGCGCAGUGAGGCGGUGGAGGAGCUAUGGCGGGUGCCUGAAAUCGACGCGAGCUUCUCCACGCCGACAUGGAACAGGUCACGUCCGGCGGCGUCCACUGUGAAUCGCGUUCGCUCGCAGUCUCCACCGGGAGCUGGCUCCCUAUGGUCAUUGCCUGAGAAGUCGCGACGGGCUCCACGGAAGAGCCAGGCAGGGGCAGCGAUGAAAAUCAAACUGCAGCGGAAAGUCAUCCAGUCGAGCCCCGUGGUCUGCGACUGGUCCUUCGCAGAAACCCCCGAAGGAGACGAGUCCGACGACCCGUUGCAGGAAGACUACGAACCGUCGCCGACUCCUAAGCGGAGCAUCCAUGUCCGCGGAAAGACACCCGUGAAAGAACAUCAUACACCGCGUGAAUUGAACUAUCAAUGCUCGGAUUGCAAGCAGGUUUUCGUGCGCCACGGCUACAUAACCCAUCUCAGGGAGAUUGCCUCCAGACCCUUCGACGGCCAACACGAUCGGGCUGAGGUGACCCGCCGACUCGAUACCCUGGUCAAAGAGCCCACUCCGAAGUCGAAGUCCAAGACUACCACAUCUAUCACACCAAACAUUCUAACAGGUUCGCGCGCAAACGAACUAGUGGAUGAUAACUCUACUCCUACUAAGAAACGUGCUCGAAAUGUCAUCCAGCCCGAUGAAGCGAGACUGAUCAUCACAAUGAGACAAGUACAGGGGAAGAAAUGGAACGAGAUCCUCGACUGCCUUCCGCACACCAAGCUGACCUCGCUUAUCCAAUGGAAUCGCAAUCACUGGAGUGAUCGCCGGGCCAAUCCACCGUCAUUAUCCAAGCCUUGGUCGGAGGCCGAGCGGGCCGUUCUAGACAAAUUCAAAGAGCAACAGGGCCUCAGCUGGACCACGAUCCGCGAAGGACUACCUGGCCGACCCCAUGCCGAGAUCGAAUUCGAGUUGUUGCAGCUCUGGGCUGGCACCGAUACACUGUGA